ACUGGGCCAAUAUAUUAAUGGGCUUUGUUGGUGAAACCCAACAAGCUACUGAUUAGUUGUAUAUGUGGGCUAGACUCUCCCACCACCACAUAAAGGACGGAGACGCAAUGUGGACCGUGAAACCGGUACCGAUGCCGGUUCAAUUUUUCAGGGGGAUAACCGCAUCAAUCUCCGUCGGCUAUUCACAGCCUCCGCCGCGUAAUUACGACGGAAUCCACCUUCGACUCUGUAACAUCCCGACGAAAUCGCAAACAUCCGAAUCCGUCGGUGGAUUAGGCCAACAAAUCAUCCUCCGGUCCGCCGAUUCGAACCCUAGUAAACCGAUCCCAAAGGAGAGGGAGAUUACGGGAUCAGACGUGCUUUGGGCGAUUCAGAGAGCGACGGCUCAGCGGAACAAAUCCAAAGCCGAUAGAAUGAAGAAGAAGAAGAUAAGAAGCGUGGAGCUGUCAUCAUCCUCGGCGAGUAAGUCCACCGGAGAUAGCGGUCUUGAUUACCUUAACGUGAAGGCGUUAACGAUCAAGAACGAUUGGGGACAAAGACUGGACGAAUACGACAAGCUUCUCAAAAACUUACAAGACACGGAGCUUUGACUUUAACCUUUCGGACAACAUCACACAUAUUCGCAGAGUACUUUUUAGUUCACUAUUUUUUUAACGCUAACUAUUAAAUUAACGCAAGAGCGUGUAAACACUUAUUGUUAUUCGUAGCGACCAACAACGAAGUUAUUAAAAUAAAUUUUUUAAUUGCA